UUUUCACCAAACAAAAAACCAAAAUGGGCGAAACACCGCCGAUCUCGCUCCGUACACUGGCAUGGUACAACAUCUAGCAGUUUCACGGUCCCAAAUUUACAACACAAAUAAGAAAAACAGAAACAACUAAAAAUGGACUCUGCGUUUUUAGGGGACAGCUUUCAAAUGGGUCAGCUGGUGGUAGAUGAUGUACAGAGAGCCUCGCAGUCAGAAGAGUCGGGAGAUGAAGAGGCGAUCAGGCCGAUGUUUAUAGAAGGAGAGGAGAGAAAGGACGAUGAACUCUUGGGUCAGGCCGAACAGGAAGAAUCCAGCAGACAAGAACUGUUGUUCCAGAACUCGACCCACCCCGUCAGCGCGGAAGACACGGAACCAGAGGGCCUACUGACCCAGUCCAACUCCGAUACCUACACCGACAGCUACCGUACCGAGAGCCAAUCGGGUGACCUGAUCCCUUUCGCCUCCAUCUUGGGCAACUACUGGCUCCAAGGCUGGAUCACGUACCUGGCCUACCUCGGGGUGUACAUCACCUUCCUGUCAUGCAUCUACUUAGCUCUAGUAUACGUCAGCCUGGAACUGCUUUAUAUUUUUACAAACCGUGGAUAAAGAUAUCUUUAAGGAGUGUACUGUUGACGUUUCAGAACAUGCGAGGGGAGGCUACCAAGUUAAAUUGAUACUGCGCAUCGUUUGAGUAGAUUUAGCUCCCCUAAUAA